GUUCAAGAGAGGUGAUUACAUUAAAACAUAAGAUCAAGAUGGAGAAACAAACAGAGAAGGAGACAAAACCAACAACAACAAAUGAAGCAAGUAAAGGAAACAUUGAAGGGCUUCCAUUACAGGACAGUCCCUACCUGAAAUAUGAAGAUUUGGAAGAUUAUAAGCGUCAAGGAUAUGGCACACAAGGUCACCAACAACCACAGCCAGGUCGUGGAGCUGGUGCCACAGAGGCACCAACUCUUUCUGGUGCUAAUGUUUCCUCUGAGGCUAAAUUCAAUGCUGCUAAUGCUGUUAAUAGCAAAGGAGUUCCAUAAUUUGCUUUAUAUAUGAUAAGAAAUUGUUUUUUUAGUUUUGCUUUCCAUUUGUAAAAUUAUCUUUUGAGAGUUUUUAGAUUAUUGCACUUUCUAAAUUUUCAUUUUGCUUCUUUGUUGGAUCUGGGAUUUCUGAAAUGAACAUUAGAGUAAUAAAUCGAAUCUGAGUAUUACAAGCAA